UCUUCCUUCGCUAUUCUCAAAGUACAAGAGAACUCCAUACUUUAGUAAAUUGUAAGAAUUCCAACUCCUGUUAUUGGUGUGAUCCUGAUCAUAGUAGAAUAUGGCCGGUCCGGGAUCAUCGCCAUGUGCUUCGUGUAAGCUUCUUCGACGACGCUGUGCAAAAGAUUGCAUCUUUGCUCCUUAUUUUCCUCCUGACGAUCCUCACAAAUUUGCCAUUGUUCAUAAGGUCUUCGGAGCAAGUAACGUUAGCAAAAUGUUGCAGGAGCUACCGGUUCAUCAAAGAGCUGACGCGGUGAAUAGUCUGGUUUUCGAAGCAAACGCACGAGUUAGAGAUCCUGUAUACGGAUGCGUAGGAGCAAUCUCCUACUUACAAAACCAAGUCUCGCAGCUUCAGAUGCAACUAGCAGUAGCUCAAGCCGAGAUUCUUUGCAUUCAGAUGCAAAAUGAGCCAACCUUACAGUCUCAUCAUCAAGUUCUUGAACUAGACCAAGACCACAAGGCUCUCUUGCUACAAAACAACAACAACAACAACAACAACAACAACAACAUCAAUAACUGCAGCAACAACAACAACAACAACAACAAUAACAACUUAGGUUAUGCCAUGUCUUCUGGGCAGUUCAACUCUAACUUUGCAUCUCCAAGCAGCAUAAUGCAAAUGCAGAUGCAAAUGCAAAUGCAAGACCCUCUUAAGCAAGAAUCUCUUUGGACUUAGUUUAUUUAUUUUCUUUGGUUUAAAAACUCAGUGAAGUUUCGACAAGUUUACUUCUUGGCUAUGUUGAAAAAGAGAAUAUGGGAACAGGUUUCGUGUAAGGAAAGUAGUAUAAGUCAAAAGGUUAAAUGCAUGCAUGUGAUGGUGAUGAGAUGUAGUUAGAGAAGCUUUAGGAUUAGAGAUCUGUUUUUUUUUUUUUCCUUUUUUUUUCUUCUCUUAAUUUGGUGUCUCACUUCCAAAUUUUUCUUUUCCCCAUCGUUUGAACAGUGAAAAUUAGAUCUAAUUCCAAUCCAAAUUUUAUUU